AUGUCUCAUGCCAGUACUCCGGACGUGGGCGCUUCCGACUCCAAGCCCGGCAUACUCACCCUCCCCAGCAUCGACUCUACCGCCGAACUCACUCUUGCUCUUGCUAGCCCUACCCCGCUACUCACACUAUCCGUCGGGAAUCGGACCGUUCUCGCCGGACAUAUCUCCGGCCUCCCUCCCUUACCAGAUACCCGCUUCACGCUCACUUCCGUCUCUCCUCCUUCUGGUAUCACCUCUCAUUUCAUCGUAUUCACCGACUCUAAUGCCCAACUUCUUCUCGAGCAGGCCGGCCCGUCCAGUUUUCAUAUCUCCAUAUCGGGAGGUGCCUCCUCUUCCGUAGUGGAGGCCGCGUUCAACCUUGGUGAAGCGUCGUGGUUUGGCCUCGGUCUCAUGAUGCAUCAGCACUGGCCUUUGCAAGACGGCAUUCUUGAGCUCGGUCCAUUUUACCCGUUCGACAAUGGACCGAAUGGCCUAUGCACCAUCCUCGACCCUACUCUCGUUUCGACAAGCGGAGCUAUGAUCGUAGUCGAUGAUACCUCCCGCUGUCUCCACGCCGCCCUCAACGCAUCCCCCACUGACGGCAGCAGGACACCCGCCCAUUUUUCAAGCCCUAUGGAGUGGGGAACCGGUGUCGCCAAUUUCGUACGUGACAUCCUUCCCAGGGAGCAAACUUCGGAUGACAAGGGCGAUGACAUCGUAAGGUUUCAGAGCAGAGCUGCCUAUGACUGGCCUCAUGUCGUGCAUCCUUGGCUUAGAGUCGAUGACACCAGCAAUGCUCGACAUGAACCUCAGUUGAAGUUUUGCAUCGGCGGAUCAAAGAAUGUACGAACCGCGAGUGAAUCUGUGCUCAGCCAAAUCAAGCAUGAGAUGAGUCAUCUGCCGAAGAAAAUCCCGCCGCUCCAAAUGAUGAAGUACCCCAUCUGGAGUACGUGGGCGAGGUACAAAGAUGCCGUUACCCAGAGAGACGUUCUCGAUUUUGCUCAUGAUAUUGUCGACAGGGCACUCCCGCGAUCAGUCAUGGGCAUCGACGACCGCUGGAGCGUCAAGUAUGGGGAUCUCGAAUUUGAUAAAGAGAAGUUCCCAGACCCAGCAGCCAUGGUUCGCGAGCUCCAUGACUUGGGAUUUAUUGUCACUGUAUGGGUUGUACCAUUUGCAAACACUAAUUCAGAGGCCAUAUCUAACCCCGAAACUAGAAGAUACUUUGUUCACAGCGACAGCGGAGAGCUUGGAGAGUUUGCGUGGUGGCAGCCGACAACCGUCGCCGCUUUGGAUGUUACCAAUCAGGAAGCCUGUGACUGGUUUGUCUCCGGGCUCCAGCGGCUAUGCAGCGAGUAUGGACUGGACGGCUUUAAGUUUGACGCAGGAGAACCAAGCUUUCUUCCGCGUAAAUCCCUCCUAGAACGAUCGAUGAUCAGCCCCACGGAGUAUACACGUGCGUGGAUGCAUCGGAUUGCCUCUAAGUUUGAAGUCUCAGAGGUCCGCUCGGGGGUCCGUGGAUGUCAGAAUGCAGUACCCAUGUUCCGCCUGUUGGACAAAUUUUCGACGUGGGGGCUGGAGAACGGAUUGGCCAGCGUGGUAUCGGGGUUACUGACUGCAGGUCUGCUCGGCUAUCCAUUUUGUAUUCCGGAUUACAUCGCUGGCAACGCGUAUGGGGAAGACGUCCCUAAUGCCGAGUUGCUAGUCAGAUGGGCACAAGCAAGUGCAGCAAUGCCUGCGAUGCAAUUCAGCAUCCCACCCUGGUCGAUGGGAGAAGAGUGCGAGCGACUGUCACAGAAAGCGCUGGAGUGGCGAGAUAGAUUUUUUUGGGGGCACAUAGAGAAAUGCGUGGAGGAAGCGGCAGUGAAAUACUUGCCGAUCGCACGUCCAAUGUUUUGGGAAGACCCGGAUGUGGAAGGUGUCGCGGAUAUUGGUGAUCAAUUCAUGAUCGGCAGGAAUGUCGUUGUUGCACCAGUCGUUGAACAAGGGCAAAGAGCACGAAAUGUCUUUUUGCCAAGCGGUCGAUGGAAGAGAGUAGACUUGAACAAGUCUGGGUACUGUGAUCCUACUAUCCAUACCGGACCGAUCUGGUUACAGCGUGUAUCUGCGGAGCUCGAUGAAAUGCCAACCUUCUUGAGAGAAUGAAAAGCAUAACAUGUAGCAAGACGGCAGUGCAAUACGUGCGUCCCGCAUCAACACGCAAUAAUUGUCGAAGACUAGCCGACAAAGUGCUAGACUGUGGGCCAAGCUCUUUACUAACAUGUGGCAUUUGCAAUGGAGAGAUUACGAUGCACAGUUCUGAGACAAAAUCUCGUUAGAGCAUCCCCACCGGUACGCAAUCAAAUCAUCAAAUAACAACACUUGGCACACUUUUUCU